AUGGAUCCUUUUUACAAUGGCAACAAAAGAAGCUCGAUAUCGUUUGGCUCGUCGCAACGACAGCCGUAUUCCAAGAAUAACUACCUGAACAAUGCGAAUGGUCCCACCAGUGUAACGCAGGAUCAGGGCAGGGGCCCGUCGCCCUUUGGCAUGUCGGGCAAUACUACCAGCGGCAGUAACAGCAAAAGGAAUAGUGGUUGUGAUUUGAAUGCUACUUACUACACGAACCGGUCACCGAUGUACUCUCCGUUAGAUUUCUCGCCGCCAGUGUUCUCGCCGAACCAUACACAGUUGCAGCAAGCCAGAGGUUACACUGCUAGCAACCCGGUAGUGAGCAAUUUGAUGAACCCAUCCAUGGCAUCCGUGUGCGAAUACCAAGCGCACUACCCGCUGUUUGGACUCGACUGGAGCGUGGAUGACUACGUCUGCCUGGGAUCGUACAAGGAGGACAGCAGGAACAAGCUCCAGGUUAUACACUCCAAUGACCUCUUGAGUUGGGACACCGUCGCAGAGGCAGACGUGGUUUAUCCUGUGAGUAGGAUUCAAUGGGUCCCCUCUCAACUGCAUCCAAGGAAACUCGCGACGUGUUCUGAUUCUCUGCGGAUUUGGAACGUCAACCCUGAAGAGAGACAAUUCCAGGAACAAAUCAAUCUCUCUUUGUGUAAAUACAAUAGACAGCAUCCCACCAGUACCGCGACCACCGAGGACACGAAGGUCAUCGGCACCUUCCCUCCAAUAACGUCGUUCGACUGGAAUACCGUGGACACAAACCUAAUAAUUUCAAGUUCUAUCGACACCACCUGCAUUGUCUGGGACCUCCAAAGCAGCCAUUACGUUAAGACCCAGUUGAUCGCCCACGACAGCGAAGUGUUCGACGUCAGGUUUUUGACCAAAUCAACGCAACUGUUUGCCAGUUGCGGUGGGGACGGCAGUGUGCGCGUGUUUGAUCUGAGAUCGCUCGCACAUAGCACGAUCAUCUACGAACCGCCAUCGUCAUCAUCAUCAGCCUCCACUGCGGGCACUACAACGCCGUCGUCGGAGGGCUCAGAUGCCUUGUUGAGAUUGGAACCGUCGCCGUACGACCCAAACGUACUGGCCACGUUUGCAGCUGACUCCAAUAAGAUCAUCAUCCUGGAUAUGAGGAACCCGGAAUCGCCCAUAUUGACUCUGGAGGGCCACGGUUCGUCGGUGAACGAAAUAAAAUGGCACCCUACAAAGCGCAAUGUCCUACUGUCGUGCAGCGACGAUUGCCAGGUGCUCUAUUGGGACUUGAACAACUCGUUCAUGGAAAUUGAUGGUGGCAACGGUAAGUCCCCCGGCGCCAGCGGCACACCCUUGGAAGACACCGACGGCGACACAGUGAUGGCCGAUGGCGGUGAGGGGUCCAAUCCUCACGAAGACCCCUUGAAUUUGACCUCCAGUAACGACAAGCAGGCCUGCAAGACCCUAGAGACUCCCAACAUGGUUUAUGCCAAUAGGGCACAAGAGAUAAACAACAUAGCAUGGAGGCCCCAGAGGGGCGACUGGUUCGGCUGCGUUAGCGGCAAGAAGUUCCAAAACGUCCGCGUCUUUUGA